CGUGGACAUCGCGGCGUUCUCGAGCUUCUGACGUUUGCUUGUUUUUAUCCUUCGUCGAAAAUACAGCGUGUACACGAACAUGGCUCUGGUCUACACAAGACUUCUCUGCCGGCGCAAUGUCGAUCUUCGAUAUUUCCGAGGUCUGUACACGUGCAGUCCUCUCGGCGUCGCGGUCUCGAAUCCCUCGCGCGAGCAACAAGUUUGCGAGUCUCACGAUGAGAAGAACAUGCGUCUGAAGAGACCGCUGUCACCACAUUUAUCUAUUUAUCAAGUUCAAUUAACGACGUUGUUGUCGGUAACGCAUCGUGCCACGGGCAUAGCACUGGCCAGUUACUCGAUGUUUCUUGGUUUAGGCACUUUGUUUAUACCAGGCGGAAUACCGUGCUUCAUAGAAAUGGUGGACAACUUGUGUUUACCUCUGCCUGUGCUGUUUGUUGGCAAGACUUUGCUCGCGCUACCUCUAACUUACCACACAUUCAAUGGUCUUCGUCAUAUGGCUUGGGAUUUUGGAAUGUUUCUGUCAAUUAAGGAAGUCUAUAGCACUGGAUAUGUGGUAUCUGCUCUGGGAGUCAUUUCUGCCCUUAUACUUGCUUCACUGUAAGCAUAUGUUAUAAACCAAAUCAGGAAAUUUUUCUAAAAUUAGCUGUACUGCCGGAUCACAUUCUGAUCAAAUAAGUUCAGGUUAGUUUCAAGAGUAUUAUUGUAUAUGAGUGAGAUAUAUAAUUACAAGAAUAAAAUUUACUUGAUUAA